AUGGCUGUGUUACCACUGAUUUUCAUCAUCUAUGUGGCUUUCACAGGUUUUAUGGAAGGAAAUGGUGUGCCAUCACCUGCUGAAACAGCUACGGCAGGACACACCACAGUGGACAUACACGAGAAAGUCUCCAAUAUAAAAAUAACCAUCAGCAGCACAGACUUGGUUGAGUUCAACAGUUCUGUCACUCUGUCCUGCUCCUCCUCUGGAUCCCCCACCUCUUUCGUCUGGUUAAAUCGCAGCUCUGAGGUUACAGCAAGUGAAAGAGUUCAGCUCACUGAUGGAGGCUCCAAUUUAACUAUAAUCAAUGUGACCCGCUUUGACCAGGGGCCACUCAGAUGUCGUGUGUCCAAUCCUGUCAGUAGUGGCACCAGUGAUCCAGUAAAGCUCUCUGUGUACUAUGGUCCUGAAAAUAUAAAUUUGAAAGUACAGCCAUCACAAGAAUACUAUGAAGUGGGGUCAGACAUCAUCUUCCGUUGUAAAGCUGAUUCCAGGCCUUCUGUAAGGUAUCACUGGCUUGUGAAUGGAUCCCUGAUUUUUACGGAUGCAAUAGGUAUCAGUCUGAUUAAUGCUCUUACGAGUCAGAGUGGAAACUACAGCUGUCAGGCCUUUAACAGCAAAACUCUGAGAUAUCAAACAUCUCAGCCCUCAGCCAUCAUUAUAUUGGCUGCAGAGGCACCUCGUGACCUCGGCAUGACCUCUGUUCCUUAA